AGGGGAGUGACGCUCAGCGGGGGCCUUCCGAAGCGCAAGAAGAACUUCUUCACCUUAGCGAAGAACACGCAGUGGAGAGGACGGAGCGAGGUGGUGGAGACCGUGUCCGUGCAGAGGAGACGGAGAAGGAAUGUACGAAAAUUUGAGAAGAUAAUUCUGCUUGUGUUUAUUCUACCUCGUCUUGUGCUGGCACAUAUAAUUAGCUUAUAGAAAAUCAAAAUCUUCUAGAGGUAGAACAAACACGAGAAAAACAAAGCGAUAAUUCUAUGUAUAUCUAUUAGGUUUUGCGUGAUGAUCUAGUACAACUAGUAUACUUUUUAUGUGAAGAAGAUUACUCGUCCUAUAUGCAAAUUAUAGUUUACUCAUGAAGAUGGUACGUAAACUGGCGAUUCUGCUGUGCUGUGUACUAAACACAACUAUUUCUACUACCUCUAGUCGUAAAGUUAGUAAUAGUUCACAGGUAGCUUUUACUGCUUGCUUCAGAAGUGCGAGGCAAAAGCCUGCUUCUGCUAUGAAUUUGGCCUUGUAAUUGUAUGAGAAGUUGUAUAAUUCAGCUUUGCUCCAAGAUCAUCUAGACGUAGACGCUGCUAGUUACAACAAUAUACCAGGAUGUGCAACAACAUCUUCUACUACGACAUCUUUCCCUUCUUUGAUGAGUCUGAAAUCUUCAUUCCACCAGCUGCGCUUGGCGUAACAAAAAACGUAGUGAAGCACCGUCUUCACAGAGUGCAACAUUACCACAGACGAGUCGUUGCGAAGAAGAAGAAAGCCGUAGUCGUAAAGGUUUUGGUCACGGUCACUGCUACAGUAUCACUUAAGGCAAGAACGAAAACGAACAUUGCUACUGUUCUUUGAAUACUCUGUUCAUUAGUUUUUAGUUCUAGAUUUUCAUUUUGUUACCUCCUCUCCAUUGUUUUUAUCUUUUUGCCACGUACUAGGACUAGCAGGUGCCUCGACUUUAUUGUGAUAGACGACGCACGAGGAUUGUCAUCUUAUUCUACCUGUCCGGAUCCAGAUAAUAAUAUAUUAGAGUAGUUUAUAGACGGUGGGAAGGUGGGCACGGUGGGCCACGCUGGGCCGCUGGGCGACCACGCUGGGCACGGUGGGCGAUCGCUCGGCGGACGCUGGGCGAACGGUGGGCGAAAGCUUGACGAACUCUUUGCUUGGUGCACCUGGAGGCUACGCGCAGCAUCCCCGGCCCUGAUACCACUCAGCACAGCGCGGCGCUGUAUCCUAAGCGAGCAUACUUUUCUGAUCUACCAACCCACACCACACCAUAGCACCGGCGAAGCUGUAUGCGAGCGUGAGUUUUUUAGUAUGUUGAGAGGUCACGCAUGGCUUGUUUGCAGCCUGUGGCAGCGAGCGAAUCGGUCGGCUCAGUCGUCUCAUGGCGAGAAAGAUGCACUACUUAUUGACUCGCUGCCUUUUAAUUUCGUGUCUCUACUCCUCGGCUAGUGAGUAGUGAUAGAGUUCUUUCCUUUUCGCGCGGCUGGGGGCGAGGUUCGCGGACGUUGCUUGCGAAGGCUCUGGACAAGUACAUCGCUGAAAGACAUAGAUCUAAGCCGCUACCAGAUGAUGGACACUUGGCGCUAUUCUACUCACUUUAUUUGCCUUGCAACUUGUUGUGGCUCAAGAUUCAAAUACUGCAUGUACCGGGGGGCUGCAGAAAUGGGCGCCCGAAGGGCGCCCCGAUUUUUGACCCCUGGCCUCACGGUGGGCGCACGGUGGGCGAAAUAUCUGGCAGAGGACGCGCAUUUGGGUCGCCCAGCGGCCCAGCGUGCCAAGCGUGCCCACCGAUCCAAUUCUGGGAACUCUAUAAACUUCUCUAAUAUAUCUUCCUUCUUGGGCUUAACUUCAAUUGCUGUUCCAGCUCCUCGGCUUUCUUCUUUGACUCCUCGUAAUAACGUCGUAGGAUGGGCUCCUUUUUAUUCCAGCCCUCCCUUUUUAUUAUGCUCGCAGCCUCCUACAUCUAGCACAAUAUAUAAUUCAUCAAUGGCCAUUGAAAUGGCUCUGCUCGUUCUGCGGAACUCAACAUAAAGAAAUGGUACUUGCUCAUCUGUUGAGAACAGGAUGCCACUCUGAGUAAGCCUCUUUCUGGUUGAAUACUAGUUGUAGUUCCCGUUCUAAAACCCAAAGCCAGGCUACAAGUGUCGCAAGAGCGUGGCCUAGUGGCACCACACCUGCAGGCCUCGCGGCUGCGGUAAGGAGGAGCUUAUCCGCCUCCGGACUCGGCGUAUCGGUUACGGGCGCCGUGGGUGUGCAAGUUUUAUGAAGAGUCAGAGAGACUGUCUGAUGCAACUAUCUUCGUCGAAUUUCUGCUCGAGGAGGAUUCACCAACUCGAAGAACUUGUGAAGAUUGAUUGUGAUCAAAAAUCUGAAGAAGAACUAGUACAGGAGCACGAUUCACAACAAGUCCCAUCCUCUUCCUCGUCGAGGAGCAUCGUCUCGCUAUACCACCAAACUUUCAUCCGUCCCAUCGUCCUCCUCGCCCCUUUCAUGACAUCCUGCGACAUUGAACUUGCCCCUACCACCCUUCCCGCAGGAUGAAGGCGACCUCUCGGUUCGUUUCCCG